AUGUCGACCUACAGCGCCCGUCGCGCCCCCAAUGUGUCGCAAUACAUUGCCAACCUGAACACGGUGCCCUCUGCCGCCGACCUGGCCGCCCAGCAGGAGCUCGGUGCCUUCGACGAUGACCUCGCCAUGUUCACCAACACUCAAUUCUUCGACUUUGAUGGUGACAUGGCCGCCUUCCCCGACAUGCCUCAGCAGCAGUCCCCCGCCAACAUGCAGCCCGACAUGCACAAGCCCCUCGAUUUUGGAAACGCCAACAACUUCCAAUUUCCCGACUUCUCCUUCCAGCAGUCGCGACCUCACGCCUUGCCAACCUCACCACCCAAUGGUGUCGCUAUUGCUCCCUCACCCUCGACCCGCCUGGACUUCCCUGCCCAGCAUGCACCUCGCAUGGCUCAGCCUCAGCCCCAGGCCGCUUUCUCGCAACCAUCUCCUCAAGUAGGAGACAAGCGCAAGUCGACUGUCGCCGCCAUGUCGUCGCCUGCCGAUCUCGAGGACGAAUCCCGCCUGGCUGCCGAGGAGGACAAGCGCCGCCGCAACACUGCUGCUAGUGCCCGUUUCCGUGUCAAGAAGAAGCAGCGUGAGCAGGCUCUCGAGAAGACUGCCAAGGAGAUGUCCGACAAAGUCCAGAUUCUCGAGGCUCGCGUCAACCAGCUCGAGAUGGAGAACAAGUGGCUCAAGGGUCUCAUCACUGAGAAGAACCUCAAGGGUCCUACCGCCGACUCAGAAACCACAGACGUCAAGGAGUCUGAGUCAAUAACCGAAUCGUCCAAGAAGGGUGUUGGGACCGACAAGGAGGCGGACAAGGCUGUCGAAGCUUGA